AUCCCAAAACAUUUCAAUAACGAUAGAAUUGAUUGUCGUCGCGUUUUUUGUAAUUUUUGACAAGUUUUGGCGAAAAUUUCCACGCAAACUACCGGAAAAUCGCUAGAUUAGCUCGCGGUGCAGUGAAAAACAGUAAAAGUGCGUCGCCCCCACGACUAUUUCCAUGUAGGAAAGCGAGAAAAGAGCAUCAGAUACCUUUUUUUUAGACGAAUCCUGUGCAUCGCUUCGCACGAAAAGCACCAAUUGCAUCGCAAAGGCUCGGAAAACAGCAUACAAAAUAUUAAAAUUCAAAUUCAAGUCCGGCAUAUUUGGUAAAAAGGCCAAAUCAGCUACAACAAACAACAAAAUGACAUCGACAGACUCAAAUACGCGUCGUCGCGUCAAGCUCUAUGCCCUCAAUGCGGACCGGCAGUGGGAUGACAGAGGCACGGGACAUGUCACGUCAAAUUAUGUCGAUCGACUGAAAGGCAUGUCACUAUUGGUCCGUGCGGAAAAUGAUGGCUCGUUGUUGCUCGAGAGCAAAAUUCAACCAGAUACGGCAUACCAGAAGCAACAAGACACACUCAUUGUGUGGUCAGAAGGCGAUAAUUUCGAUUUGGCACUCAGUUUUCAGGAGAAAGCAGGUUGUGAUGAAAUCUGGGAGAAGAUUUGUAAUGUUCAAGGCAAAGAUCCCUCCGUGGAGAUCACCCAAGACAUUGUCGAGGAGUCCGAAGAUGAGCGUUUCGAGGAAAUGUCAGACUCGGCACCGCCAAUCGAGUUGCCGCCCUGCGAGAUGAACCGUUUGGAGGAAAUUUCCGAGGUAAUUGCCAGCGGAUUGACGUCGCCCAUUCGCAAAGAGAAGCUCGCGAUGGCCAUCGAGUCCGAUAACUACAUCCGGAAGCUGCUAAACAUCUUUCACAUGUGCGAAGACCUGGAAAAUCUCGAAGGUUUGCAUUAUUUGUACGAAAUUUUCAAGAAUAUCUUCCUGCUGAACAAGAACGCGCUCUUCGAGAUCAUGUUUUCGGAGGACACGAUUUUCGAUGUGGUCGGCUGCUUGGAGUACGACCCCUCGGGCAACCCACCGAAGCGACAUCGCAAGUAUUUGCAGCAACUGGCAAAGUUCCGCGAAGCAAUCCCGAUCAAAAAUAAGGAUUUGCUCGCGAAAAUCCAUCAAACGUAUCGCGUGCAGUACAUCCAGGACAUCGUUUUGCCCACGCCGAGUGUCUUCGAGGACAAUAUGUUGAACACCCUAUCGAGUUUCAUCUUCUUCAACAAAGUCGAGAUUGUCACCCUCAUUCAGGAGGACGAAAAAUUCCUCGAUGACCUCUUCACGAUGCUCACGGAACACAACACCAGCAAUGCGAAAAGGCGCGAUUUGGUGCUUUUCUUGAAGGAAUUUUGCAAUUUUGCGCAAUUUUUGCAGCCGCAUGGCAAAGAAACGUUCUACAAAACGCUAAUUCGCUUGGGAAUUCUGCCCGCGCUCGAAAUUACGCUCUCGAUGAACGACAAAAAGACGAAAUCGGCCUCCAUUGAUAUUCUCACGACAAUUGUCGAGUACUCGCCAUCCAUUGUGCGCGACUACACGUUGCAGCAGUACGACAACAUCGAUCCGAAUGCCGAACACACGCUCAUCAAUAUCGCCAUCGAACAAAUGUUGUCAGAUUCGGAGCCAGAACUGGGUGGCGCCGUGCAACUUAUGGGCGUUUUGCGGAUUUUACUCGACCCGGAGAACAUGCUGAGCUCCAUCAAUAAAUCCGAGAAGACAGAUUUCCUCAAUUCGUUCUACAAACAUAACAUUGAUACGUUAAUUGCUCCACUUUUGUUGAAUACGAUGAACGAUAAGCCGGCGAACGAAGAUUAUCACACGGUUCAGCUGCUGGGACUCGUGCUUGAGCUCCUUUCCUUUUGCGUGGAGCAUCACACGUAUCACAUAAAGAACUGCAUUCUUAAUCGGGACUUGCUUCGUCGCAUCUUGGUACUCAUGAAAAGUACACACACAUUUUUGGUUUUAGGGGCGUUGCGUUUCUUACGCAAAAUUAUCGCUCUCAAGGAUGAAUUUUAUCACAGACACAUCGUUAAAAGCAACUUAUUUGCACCCGUCGUUGAGGCAUUCAUCCGAAAUAACGGUCGUUACAAUCUCCUCGAAUCCGCGAUCCUAGAACUCUUUGAAUUCAUUAAGCUAGAAGACAUAAAAACUUUGUGUACGUACGUUGUGGUGACAUUUGGCAAGACAUUCGACGAGAUCCAAUAUGUGCAGACGUUCAAAAGUCUGCGGAUAAAGUACGAUCAGCAUCAGGAUCGCUUAAAAGAGAAAGAAAAGGGACUAGAUAGCGUUCCAUCGAUUCUGCGCAAUUCCGCGAGAUUCCGUCGAGAUCCACGGCAGCUAGAAGAGGAAGAGGAGAUUUGGUUCAACGAAGAAGACGAUUUCGGUGAUGUGCAUUCGACAUCCAAGACAGAUAUUGAAAGUAUAGGCGUGAAUAAAUCAGACAGCAAAAAAUCCGACGUGAAUGGCAGCACAACGUCAGUUCUCGCAUCGACGCAACAACAAAGCUUCCAAACAAGUCUAGGCAGUGCGACAGUUGUCCAGUCCACGGACAGUGCAAAUGCCGGCGACGACGAAAAACCGGCAACCGAAACCGAAUCAGCUCCCACAAUGCUCGGCCAAAUGAUAAGCGAGGCCAAAUCACCGUCCAAUUCCAUCACGCCACUCGUCACAAUGUGCGCCAGCAGCACGGAAACCAGCUCCACAAUCACGCCCGCGGUUGACGUUCCUCCAACUGUCGCCGUUGUCGCUGCCGAAGUCACGGAAUCCCCGUUGGGCGACGAAAAUGUCACCGAUGAUGAAAAAUCGUCGUCUCCGAAAGCCGAAACCUCCUCCCAGUGCAGUGACGAUGCAGCAGCAACAACAACAACAACGGCAGCAGCAGCUACCACCGUCGAACCCAUGAAAACGGACGACGAAAAUGCCGCGGCGACGAGUAAAUCGCACGAAAAUAUCUCGUCGUCGGACAAUUCUUCCGAGUCGGCAACGAGUGACGAUGCGCCGGAAACAACGCGCGACAACACCUCAAAUCCAAUUACCACCCCGGAGACAGAUUCUGCUGCCAAUAAUGUGAUAGAAGAACAACGUACGGAUGCCGUGCAGCCCAAAAAGCAGGCCCUUGUCGACUACGACGGCGACUCAGACGAGGAUGACGACUCUGGUGACACAUCAGACGAGAACUUACCAGCACAAAAGAAGCAAAGACUUGCGUAGUGGUUUUAAAAACAAAAAAUAAUUGUUCAAACAAAAACAAGAAAAAACUUAAAAACUUUACGCGUUUAUUAUCUAUAUGUUAAAUAUAUAAAAAAAUGUCUCAAGUUUUUUUUUCUUUUUUGCAUCAAAUACUAAACGAGAAAAAAUAUAUUUCAAUAUUUUGUGAUACAAUUCAUUGUCCUACAUUACGUUACGCGAAAUAUUUAAUUUAAAGAAAAUCAAUCGAGAAUAAAAUACGAACUGCAAGAGACAUUUUUCACUAUUGUACAUUUUUUUAAAGAAAGAAACAUUUUCGUUUUCUCACACAUAAACAAGCAGAUAUCUUAAAAAAUUAAUAAUAAACAUUGUCAACUUUAUAUAUGAAAAAACUCGUGGAGUGCUUUUGAAGCGCCCGACGUAACUUGUAUCAUAAACUAUAUAUUAAUAUUAAAAAUAUAUAAUUGAAAAAUAACGAAAAAUAGGAAAAUCUUGAUACUUGCGAUUGAAAAAAAAAUAUGAGAAAAAACACACAAAAUAGGAGUUACUUUAAUGAUAGCAAUAAAGAAAAUAAUAAUUAUGAAUUAUUAAACAGUGAUGAACAAAAUGAACAUGACUCACGAGAUUCAGAAACUUGUUUUUAUAAAGACUUACCAUUUUAGCUCCUAUACGCAAAAAAAUUCAUCAAAAAAGAACCCCCCUUAACUUUGAAGCAAAAAUAAAAAUCAAUUAUGAUUUAAAUUUGUAGAGCAUUAUUUGCAACUUCAAUCAUCGAUGCGCGUCAUCGUUAAUUUUAAAGAAAUUUUAAUAUUAAAGAAAAAAAAUAUCAUCUUUUAAUUAAUUAAUAAAUUAAUUUAGAAUAUUUAAAUUCGAAAAAAAAAUACGCAAGGAAAAAAAUUAUCAUUUUA